CGAUGUUGAUCUCCUCUCUUCUUCUGUUGCCCAAGCUCAGCAGUUGACGGUCUUAGCAUAUCCGCUAAGAAAGCAGUCGAUAGCACCUCGCCGCCUAUCCCAAUAUGAAUCACCUCCCACCCCUCAUACAAAGAACUCUCGAGGGCCGAAUCGAUCCGCAAUCUCAGCAGCUCGUCACUUCUUACACUCAAACCACAUUCAUUGUCCUUACCGCGCUGUCGUUCGUCUUAUCCUAUCUUAGUGGCUCGGUCUUGCUGGGCGUGGAAAGUUUCGCAGCUGGUUUUGCUGUACUUAUUAUUGCUACAGUCCCCCCUUGGCCCUACCUCAAGCGCUAUCCGGUCAAAUUCCUCCCCGUUAGAAAGCUUCACGCGUUAUAAUCUUCUCUGCUGCUCUCUUUUUGUCUCAUCACAGUUGUACAUUAGCAUUACCAUAUGCACUAUUCAAACAGGAAUGUUUGACAAGCUAAUGCAUCAGAA